AUGCAGCAGGAGGGGGAAAGCAAAAGUGAGGCAAGAAAGGCCGCACGAAACAAGCACUGCGAAGCGAAGCGCAUCCGGCAGGGCAUUGAGCUCGCUGUUUCGUUCAUGGCGUCGGUUCUCGAGACGGCGGCCAUUUCGGGCACUUCCUCCAAGCACAGCGGCGACCUCAGAUCAGGACACGGCCAUCGCCAGCGAAUGAGACUCGACAGCAAUCACCCAAUACCCGGCUCGGCUUUCCUUCUUGGCUUCGGUCUACAGAUGCCAUGCAGUGUUCCCAAAGUAGCUUUCAAACCACAAAGCAUGGCAAAGCAAAGCGACUACGAGUCGUGGAUAUGA